UCAACUUUUAUUGUCUUUCGGAUCUGGUGUAUAAUAGAAUCACUGAAGACUCGCAAUGGCAGAGCCGGAUGCAAACGGAUCUCCUCAGGAUCUGCUGUCCCAACAGGAGACAUCGCCCAUUUUGGCCCUUAAUGACGACUGCUUGGAACGUGUCCUGCAAAAACUAGGACUGCAGGAUCAGCUACGAUUCGCCAGGACCUGCCUGCGAUUUAGGUCGAUCUACAAGAUGGCCACUGCCAGGCUGCACAAGACCGUAAACACGGAUGACCUCGGGAGAUGUACCACAUGGGAAAUACGCGACUUCUUCAAGCUGUCUGGAGCUCAUGUAAGGGGCAUUAAGGUCAGGUAUAUGGAGGAAGAACUAGCCGAAUUGGUACGGGAAAAGUGCAUCAAUCUAAGGACGUUGAAUUUUAUGUUCUGCCCUAAUAUACAUAUAUUCAUGAAGUCUAUCAUGGACAAUGCUUAUCAUCUGGAGGCUCUGGAGAUAUGCUGUUCAAGCCUUGGCGAUGAAGACAUUUCUGUGUUCCAAGGCCUAACCAAUCUUAAGGUCUUUAAGUUGAGCGAAAGUUUAAUAACUGGAAGCACCUUGUGUGAGCUACCUACUUCCAUCGAGGUGUUAAAGCUUGACAGCCUGUUUUUGGAAGUGAGUUACCUUCCCAAGACCUGCAAACGCUUAACCAAACUGAGAUCCCUCGACCUCCUGCGUGUGGAAAGGGACGACGAGGUCUUUAAAACGAUGGUAAUGGAGAACUCUUGUCCUUUGCUAGAGGCACUCCGAUUUACCAUGACCUUCAGCCGCAACAGCGAGUAUGUGGCUCAACUGCCAAGUCUAAAAGAGCUAGUGAUUGGCAGUUCCUUAUUUGACUGUUACGGUUUGGAUCUACUAAAUUCACAGGAACGGCAACUCUAUAGUAGAUUAUGGAACAAAGUCAUCGACGGUUUAGUGGCGUACAAGUACCAGAAGCUAGAUCAUUUUACAAUUGGUGGCCGCUUAACCAAGGAACAGUUAAUACAGGUCGGCAAGCUGAGCGCCCUUCGAGUCCUGUGCCUGUCUUGGGUGGACAUUGACUGUACGCCGAUCGCCAAACUCAAAAUGUUGGAGGGGAUAGUCUUCAACGAACCGUGCUUCAGUGUCUCAAUGGUAUUGCACCUGUUUCACGCCUGUCCAAAACUACACUGUUUGGGAUUAAAAGUCACCGACGUAAACGCCAUGCUGGUACAUGGGAUUGCAGACCGAGUUCGCCAGGAGAUGGCCAACAAUAACAUGCAGAGAAAGCUGCCCAUUGAACUAGGAUUUUUUACGAGCGACGAGGAAAUAAGGAUGUUUAUUUGCAACAACCCUGAAGCGGUGCCCAAAAAUAUCAUUAAAUUGAAUGGAUAUAACGAUUGUUGCUUUUGGCGCGUGGGUGGAUUUGAUUAUGACUCUUAA